AUGUCCCCACUCGUGUCGAUCUCACACCCACUGUCCCUCGUGCGGACAACUUCCACCAGCAUCUCACCCUCAUUCAUGAUCACGGUCUUCAAUUGCCUAAGUCAGCCUGCUGCUGCUGCUGCUGGUGCCGACGCUGCUGCUGCUGCCGCUGUUCCUGCUGCUGCUGCUGCUGCUGCUGCUGCUGCUGCUGCUGCUGCUGCUGCUGCUGCUGCUGCUGCUGCUGCUGCUGCUGCUGCUGCUGCUGCUGCUGCUGCUGCUGCUGCUGCUGCUGCUGCUGCUGCUCUAGCUGCCGCUGCUGUUCUUGCUGCCGCUGCUGCUGCCGUGCCCGUUCGAUCAGCAGACCCUCUCUCCAAACCCCCACAUCCCAGGCCUCCAGUUCUGGACUCUGCAGAGGCCAAGGCAGCAAGGGAUAGAGCAGCAGCAGCAGCAACAGAAGACGCAGCAUCCGCGGAAGCUAGGAAAGCGUUAGCGGCAGGAGCAGCAGCAGCAGCAGCAGGAGCAGCAGGAGCAGCAGAGAAGCGAGCACCUGCGGCAAGCCGGUUGCUUCCGGGGGAUGCGGGAGGGAAGGGCGGUGCUGUUGACGCUGAUGCCGCUGCUGGUGUUGCUGCUGCUGCUGCUGCUGCUGCUGCUGCUGCUGCUGCUGCUGCUGCUGCUGCUGCUGCUGCUGCUGCUGCUGCUGCUGCUGCUGCUGCUGCUGAUGAUGAUGAUGAUGAUGAUGAUGAUGAUGGUCCUGCUGCUGAUGGCCCUGCUGAUAGUGCUGCUGCUGCUGCUGCUGCUGCUGGCCCGCUUGAGCAGCUUCGGGAUUAA